AUGGUCCCCCUCCCGUUCCAAGGGGACGUGAACCCGAUGAUUCAACUGGCUUCUGUCCUCCACGCAAAAGGCUUCUCCAUCCUCGUUGCUCACCCACAGACGAACUUCCCACAUCCAUCAGACCAUCCUGAGUUCACCUUCCUCCCUCUGAAGGGCAGUCUCACCAAUUCCACGGUAAUGGAUCUCAUUCCGGAGCUUCAUCCCCUGAGAUUCAAAGACCUGCCAGUGUCCAAUUUGAGAAAUCUAGAAGCUCUGCUCCCACUUGUGCUCCGAGCGCGUAAAAUAGGAUCAUCCUCCGGGAUUAUUUGGAAAACCACAGAGUUCCUAGAGCUAGAGUCUUUAGUGGAGCUCCAGCAACAGUUUCAAAUCCAGUUCUUACCAAUAGGCCCUCUGCAUAAGCUUAGCACGGCCUCAUCCACUAGCUUCCUAACAGAGGAUGCAGGUUGUAUAGAGUGGCUAGAUAAGCAAGCUCAUAAUUCUGUCAUCUAUGUCAGUUUCGGAAGUCUAGCCCCAGUGACUGAGGAAGAAUUCACCGAGAUGGCAUAG